GUGACCGUUACUGUGAUGAAGGAGGGAAGAAGCCGGCUUUGCCGGCUAUGAAAUUGCCUUUUUCAAAUUUCCGCUAAAAAAAAAAAAAAAAAAACCCAUUAGCCCAUUUCUUCUUCCUCUCUUUACGGUGAAUCCCUUAAGCCAUAGAACUCUUUUUUUCCCCAAUAAAAAGCUCAUCGCCUUCCCCUCCAUUUCCAUUCCCUCCCCUGUUUUGCAUUGUUCUUCCACUGUUGUUUCAUUAAAUAAAAAUCAACCUUUUUUUCUUUCUUCUGUUUUCUUGGAAAUCGCGUGGUGAGAAACAUGGUGAGUUACGAGGAACAUGUCGGCAGAGAAGAGGUUUGUGUUGUUCAUCCUAAUCCUGUUGUGUUGGAGCUCAACCGUUUGCAGAACCUGCUUUCAGAAAAGAACAGGGAGCUGGGAGCUGCUCACAGUGAAAUCAAGGCCUUGAAAGCCACAGAAGCCCAGAAAGAUAAAGCUCUUGAAGAGCUGAAAAGUGAAGUUGAUAAACUUGAUGACAAGCUUAGAGCCACUGAAAAUCUUCUUGAGCACAAGAACCUCGAAAUAAAGAGACUAACAACUGAGAAGAAAGAUGCAGUGGCUGCACAAUAUGCUGCUGAAGCUACUCUCAGAAGGGUAUAUGCUAAUCAGAAAGAUGAUGAUUCUCUUACCUUUGCUUCAGUCGUCGCUCCUCUCGAAGCAGAAAUCAAAAUGUACAAGAAUGAGGUUGCAUUACUGCAAGAGGAUAAGAAAGCUUUGGAGCGUCUCACAAAAUCGAAGGAGGCGGCGCUACUUGAAGCGGAAAAGAUUCUGCGAAGCGCACUUGAGAGAGCUCUCAUUGUUGAGGAAGUUCAAAAUCACAACUUUGAGUUGAAGAGACAGAUUGAAAUUUGCCAGGAAGAGAACAGGAUACUAGAGAAAACCAAUCGCCAAAAGGUAAUUGAGGUUGAAAGGCUUGGCCAAACUAUUGAGGAUCUAGAGGAGGCCAUUCUAGUUGGAGGAGUCACGGCCAACAUGGUUCGAGAUUACAAACGACAGAUCGAAGAAUUACAUGAAGAGAAGAGGACUCUUGAGAGAGAACUGGCAAGAGCUAAAGUCUCGGUGCACCGUGUCGCUACCGUGGUGGCUAAUGAGUGGAAGGAUGAAAAUGACAAAGUUAUGCCUGUCAAGCAGUGGCUGGAAGAGAGAAAGCUGUUGCAAGCAGAGUUGCAAAGAGUGAAAGAGAAGUUGGCUGUCUGUGAAAGGACAGCCAAGGCAGAAGCACAACUCAAGGAGAAAUUCAAAUUGAGGCUGAAAACCUUGGAAGAAGGGUUAAAACAAAUUCCAAUUUCCCCUGUGAAUAGCAAUGCAUUUUGUGGAUCUCCUAAAACAGAACGAUCCAAUAACAUCUUAGGCUUCUUGACAAGCAAUGGAAGGAAGAGGUCAACUUCAUUGUCAAGGCCUUCAACCAUCACCGAAAGUUCCAAUAUUCUUGUACAAACAAAUGCAGAUUAUGAAAAGGCCACUGCACCGGAGUUAAAUCGCUCUAACAGCUUGAAGAAGAAAUACGUCACGGCUCGCGAGAAUGUGAUAAAAAAGAGUAUGUGGGCUUCUGGUAGAAGUAGAGUGGUUGAUAUUGGUGAAAAGGAGGGUAAUGAAAUGAAGGGAAACAAAGAAAACAGAGACGCUACCAUAACAGUUUCCAAAGAAACCAAUGAUGGUGAAGAAUUGCACAAUAAAGAACCAAGCAACCUCGAAAACGAAGAUACAGUUUCAGGUUUUCUGUAUGACAAAAUACAGAAAGAGAUCAUCAAUUUGAGGAAGCUAUGUGAAGUAAAAGAUGGGAACUUAAAUGCAAAAGAUGAAGAAAUAAAGAUGCUCAUGAAAAAGGUUGAUGCAUUAACAAAGGCCAUGGAAGUAGAGUCCAAGAAAAUGAAGAGAGAAGUAGCAGUCAAAGAAAAGGAAGCAGCAGCAGCAGCAGCAGGGAAAUUAGAGGAAAAGAAAAACACCAGGACCCUUUACACUAAAAGCAGUCGUAGGCUAUCAACUUGAUAACUUGCCAAGGAAAUGCAUUGAAGAAAGAAAACGAAUCAGGAUGCAGAGUUGAUUAUAUCAAUCAGUUCUUAUUUUUGUGUUCUUGUUCUUAUGUAGAUACAAAAUUACAGUGUGUACUUAUGGCCAGCUGCUCAGUAAUAAGUUUGUUUUAGCAAUAUUUUCUCUGCGAUAUACACAUUAUUCAUGCCAUCUGCUUGAGUAGUAAAUAAUCGAUUUCAAUACAUAUAAAAAUGCUUGUUUUUCCAAAAA